AGGCUCCGCUCCCAGCCCCGCCACGUCUCUCGCGGGCGCCGCUCCCGAUCCUGCUCCCGGUGCCGCUCCCGGUCCCGCCCCGCUCCGCCCCGCCGGGCCAUGGCGUUCACGCUCUACUCGCUGCUGCAGGCCUCGCUCCUCAUCGUCAAUGCCGUGGCCGUGCUGCACGAGGAGCGCUUCCUCCGCCACGUUGGCUGGGGAAGCGAUCAAGGGAUUGGAGGAUUUGGAGAGGAACCAGGGAUUAAAGCACAGCUGACAAACCUCAUUCGAUCGAUACGAACCGUUAUGAGAGUGCCAUUAAUAGCCCUGAACUCCAUCACAAUCGUUCUCCUCCUGUUGUUCGGUUGAGGACACCCAGCAGAAAUCCUUCGGACAUCCAAAGAAACCAGUCGCUGACCACCACUGCUUUGAGUUCCCUGGGAUCCAGCACCCGUUUAGCUGUCAAUCUGACAUUCAACUUAAAAUAAUAAAAAGACACUGUUUCUAUUUAUCCCAUUUCCUUAUGUUCCCUUGCAGUUUCAUUAAGCAGGAUCACGGGAUCAAUGCAACAACGCUGCGAACACGUUGGACUGUGACCAGUUCUGUUGCUGCCUGAUCAUUGUGUUGAUUAAUUAUUAGAGUAAACGUCAUAGGAUGUUGCAGUGACUGGCAACGGGAUGCAGCUUUUAAAUGCCUCGUUACUCAGGGAUGAAUUUCCUUCAGUACGCUCUCCAAUUUGUUUUUAAAUUGAGGAAAAUAACAAGGCAUUUGUUUUCGUUUCAAUUACUACCACGGAACUGUUUAAGAGAAUAUGAAUUGGGCUCUGGAAACAUGUUGUAAAGGAUACUUGUUAGAAAGGAUUGAAGUCCAGCUGUGAUAUGGAGGGAGAUAAAACCAGCUGGGUAAAGUCCUGAUUCAGUCCUGAUUCAACAUUGAAAGCUGAAUCUUCCUGCUUUGAUUGGGGAUUUUUGUGUUCAAAUCAGUAGUUCAUACUCAUGGUAAAGUCAGUUGAAAAUGCAAGUGCAAUUGCAGUGCAAAAUUAAAAAAAAAAAAUUAGAAAAAAAAGCUGUAUCUAAAGCUGGGUAACUGUGUUAACUUUGGGGAUAUUAGUGAUUAACAUUUGUUACUCUUCUGUCAAGGAUUGUUAUUAUACUUUUUAAAAUAUGUAUUAAACUUUUGCGUGGUGAUUACUGUGAUCGAAGUGGGGGAACCAUUUGUAUUCUGAGCUUCCUGGGAGACGUGGGAGGGGAAUACCCUGCGCUUUUCAAAUGCAUUACUCUGUGAAAAACCUGCGAAUUUGCAGCCUCUUCUGUUACUGCUCCUUCCCCUGCCCUCCAUCAUCAUCAUCGUUUGUUAAAUUUGAAAGUGCAGCUGUGUGUGUAACUUUGCAGUUCUGUCGCAGAGAAUGCUUCCAAGUUGCUUUGGUACCAGUCUGAAUUCAAGACUGCUGAGUUCGGUCUGAAUUGGAAAAGGUGAUUUUCAUGUAGCUUUUUAGAGAAGAUGGAGUUCUUUGUCUGUUUCUCUGCUGAAGUGUUUAAUUUUAAAGAGGGGAGGCCAAGGAAAACUUGGCAGUUUCAUUAUUUUAAAGCAGCUUAGUCAAUCGUCUCUUCUCCAAACAUCUUGAUGACUAAAGCGUACACACUGUUGUAUAUGAAGAAGAAUCUGUAAAACAUGUAAAUGCACUCAAUGAUCUUCAAUCACAGUUUUUUGCAGAGUAACGUACAUCCAGGAGGAAAGUUUUAUGUUGUUUCCUUUUCUUCUUAGUGAUUUUUGUAAAUAAAUCCUGAAUUUCCAUGUUAA